CACCUUUUCAUCCAUAAAAGCAUUCUCAUUCUCUCUCUAAACGAACAACCAGCACGGGUAAAUGCUCAUGGGAACGAACCAAAUCAAACACUUCUUCUUCUCUUAGGACAAUCAACAAACACUUUCACAGCCCCAUUGAAAACUGCAAUGACUACCACAACUCUCUCUCUCCUCUCUUCUUCUCUCAGUUUCACUCCCGAGCGCCCUCAAUGUAUCUUCCCAUCGAGCACCUCAACGUCUUCUUCUUCAUCGUCUUCUUUCUUCGCUAGUGGGACUCAUCUUUGGACCCACACGAAAUUCAUCUCUAUUUCUUCACCUUCGUCUCAGUUCAACAAAAAGAUAUCUGCGAAACGGUUUGGAAGAUUGGUGGUUGCUGCGGCAGCAGAUUAUUACUCUACUCUCGGAGUAACCAAAUCGGCCAGUGUUAAGGAAAUCAAGGCGGCUUAUCGAAGGUUAGCUCGACAGUACCAUCCUGAUGUCAACAAGGAACCUGGAGCGACUGAGAAGUUUAAGGAGAUCAGUGCUGCUUAUGAGGUAUUAUCAGAUGACAAAAAGAGGGCUUUAUACGAUCAAUAUGGUGAAGCUGGAGUAAAAAGUACAGUAGGGGGGCAAGCUGGGGCUUACACGACGAACCCUUUUGAUCUAUUUGAGGCAUUCUUUGGGCCUAGUAUGGGUGGUUUUCCUGGAAUGGAUACAACUGGCUAUGGAACACGCCCUCGCAGUACUGUUACUAAAGGUGAAGAUAUACGUUAUGACAUAACACUAGAAUUUUCGGCUGCUAUAUUUGGAGCAGAGAAAGAGUUUCAACUUUCACAUCUUGAAACAUGUGAUAUUUGCAAUGGUACUGGAGCAAAAAUAGGCUCUAAGAAGAGAAUAUGCUCAACAUGUGGUGGCAGGGGUCAAGUUAUGCGAACUGAGCAAACGCCUUUUGGCUUAUUUUCUCAGGUUUCUGUAUGUCCAAAUUGUGGUGGGAAUGGUGAAACUAUUUCGGAGUAUUGCCGUAGGUGCUCUGGUGGGGGUCGUAUUCGUGUCAAGAAAGACAUUAAAGUCAAAAUUCCUCUUGGAGUUAGCAAGGGAAGUAUUCUUAGAGUUGCUGGAGAGGGGGAUGCUGGACCAAAAGGUUCGAGGGAGCGUGAAUUGCUCAAGGAACUUGCUUCUCUGAGUAGCACUCCCAGCAGCCGUUCACCAACUCGUCCUAAAGUUCGGCAAACUGUUAAAACUACAGAUACUCCGAUAAAUACUGUCGCGGAGGAGACUAAUAAAUCGGAAGAUCAAAAUGACCUGUGGAAGAAAUUAAAAGAUUUUGCUGGAUAUGAGAAAUUCUUUGUUAUAGCUGUAGGUAAGGUCAAUGGUCUCCAUUGUAAGAACUUUAGCUCUAGACGUAACAGUUUGUUUAACAUACUUAAUCUUGUUUACAGUCAUGUUCUUUCGGUCAAGACAGUUGAAGGGAUUACCGAGCUCCAAAUUCCUCCUGGUACUCAACCUGGGGAUGUGCUUGUCUUGACAAGGAAAGGUGUACCAAAACUGAACCGGCCAAAUAUUCGCGGUGACCACUUGUUCACAAUUAAAAUUGGUAUACCAAAACGCAUCAGGUAUUCCAUUAUGCUAGUUCUUUGA